GGCCGGCUGAGGGGCCGGCAACCAAUGGGCGCGCGCGGAACGGGCGACCGCGGUAUAUAAGCCGCCGCCCCACAAGCCGCCGCUUAGAUCUACCUGCGCUGGCUGCUGCUGCUUGUCGUCUUGCCGCUCCGCCCCCAGCAAAGAUGUGUGACAAGCCUGACCUCUCUGAAGUAGAGAAAUUUGACAAGAAGAAGCUGAAAAAGACCAACACGGAGGAGAAAAAUACGCUUCCCUCCAAAGAGACCAUCGAGCAGGAGAAGGAAUGUGUGAAGUCGUCAUAGAGGGAGAUGCUCUUGCGGAAAGAGCCAACACUUAUUUUGCUUUGAAUUAAAUCAUCUGUUUAUUUUUGAUUACAUCAUGUAUGUGUAAAGAACAAUGCUGUAACAUCUUGCUCUGCCUUCCUGCUAAUCUAGCUGUGUUGGCAGGUGCAGAAAUGAAGUGUGGUCCCCUCCAGAGCCCAUCAGUAGCCUUGCCUAACUCUGCCUCUUGAUGCUCAGCCACCUCCCACUUACAAUACUGAUCUUGCUAUAAUGCAAUGGGGGAGGAGAUGCUGAAAGCCAAUAAAGGGCUAUAGAAGUUCCUGAGUACAGAGGCCCCUUAUACAAUAUGGUGGGGAGGGGGAAGCCUUUUUGGCUUGGCCAGUGGCCUGGGGCUGUUUAGCCUGCUCACUUGCAGAAUAGCAUUUCUGCAGCCUCACUCUCACAAUUAAUUUUUCUGUCUUCCUUAAGAUAAAGUGAAGUUUAUUAUAAAAAUAAAAAAAUAUAAUGGCUUA